UGACGCAUGAUCAAGCGGCGGCUUUCUCUGCACCUCAGCGAUAUAUCCAAUAUACCCCUCGUCAUUCGGGUGCCGGACUAUUACCACGCAGCCACUCCGCCGUACACGCGCUCUCCCUCGGACGACCAGGAGUAUGUCCUCGUGGCGCGCGCAAGUCGUCGCGCCUAGCGCUGAUCUCUCGGACAGCGCAUGUCUCUCUCGUGCCGUCUGGAUCGACGAAGCGCAAGACGCGGGACUCGUCGGAGAGGGUCCUUGAGAGGCGGUCGAGGAAGAGGGGUACGGGAUAGUCGUUGAGGCGAUGAUCAUCUGUCGCUCGAGAACGACGCGAUCUUUCGUUGGGCGCGAAUGCCAGAGGAUCUGCGGUGGAAGUGGAGCGCAGCUAUUGCAGCUCAGCCGCUGGGGCCUGCUUUCGGAGCUACGACCCGCCGCUCGCCGGUGCAGGACCAGGACUUCUCGCGCAGUUUGGCAUACGAGUCGGGGGCGCCUGCUCUCCGCACGCCAUCUCUCGUGCGCCGCCGACAGUACCAAUGCUACGGAGAAGACGUGCUGCGCCUGCACCCUCGCGCGCGCAAAACAGAUGGCGUCGCGUAGAGCACCAUGCUCUGCACGCAUCUACGUCCUAGGGACCAUCCACUUCCGCCGCUACCUACACGCCCACUCACGAUCCAGAAGCGCGUCUCGCCAAGCCUCGGAAGAGGAGGAGCCAGCCUCGUCCCGGAAAAUUUGCUCCGCGCCCUAUCAACGCCACGGUCGAUGCAUACUGGGUCUGCGUUUCGCACGGCUGAAUAUGAUGUCCGUGAUGUCGACCAGAGCUUGCAAUGGUAUCAUUGUACGAGAUACGAUAUGAGCGUCUGUUUGGGGUGUACGCGCUAGUCGGCUGGCCCUACUGCCAUAAGUCUCAAAUCAUCUACAUCAUACAUGAGUGUGUACCGACGACUUCCCGUGAUUCCGCUCUCCGUGUACCCACUGCGCCGACCAUGAUCUUGCACCUCUCCAAAUAUCUCUCACUCGAAACGACAAGGUUCGACGUCUCCUCCUCAGAAGGUCUACAUUGGCAGCC